AUUUUUUUAAAGAAAAAAUAUAAGCUUACGAGUGAAGUCGACUUGUUGACGAAUUCUUUCGAAUAGAUGUUUACUUUCGGUUGCUUCACCGGUCCACUCCACCCAGGUACCGAACUCCGUGGCUCGUAUUGGGACGUAUUGUUCGUUAUUUGUAGAUUCAACUUCACAUUAUUCCAAUAUAUUGGGAAGCCAGAUUAAAGAAAAAUAUUAAACCUGGAGUUUAUACAUAGCUCUCAUGGCUGCAUUUGCUGAAAGUGAUUCCAGUUUACCUUCAGAUCGCAAAUUUAGGAACACCGGAGGACCCCAUGGGUUAGGUGAUCCAGAUGACAAAUCCUUACGGAAGGUGGAGCUUGAAGUCAUGAUACCAAAAAAGAUGCGAGAUAUUGCCCGAGCAGAAAAAUGCAGUAAGGAAGUAGAAGAAUUUACCCUGUGUUGUAAAGAUUCAAAGUUAUCAAUGUUCUACACAUGUCGAAAAGAGAAUACUGCUCUAUGGGGCUGUCUAGAAAAAUGGUACAAAGAUGAGGAAUUUAAGGAACAAUGUAAAAUUGAGUAUCUUGCCGAGAGGAGUGAAUACCGAAGAACAGGAAUGACGAGAAAAGAAAGGCAAAGGCUUCAGACUUCAGGAUUUUAAGUUGGAUGUGUUGUAUAUAGUUUUUCUUUAAUUAUACUUUUAAUGUUAAUGUUGCU